CAAAAUUGAUUAAGUUUUACAUACGCCAGCAUUGAUAUUGUGCCCAUUAUCACGCUUUCUUUUACAUUAUUCGUAUGCAUGUGUGCGUUUGCUUAAUUGCUGGCGCGUGUGUGUGCGUCGUGUUUGGGGGGCACAAACAACGGAUAAGACUGUGCCUGUGCCAGCGAUAAUUUUGCGAUAAAAAUUGACAAUAACAAUACAACGCGCAGGCAAACAACAACAGCAACAACAAAGAGACUGAGUCGCUACUUAUGGUACACACUACCUCCAUACUACAGAUUAAGAGUUUGGCACAUUUGACCGCUGACGCCUGAAGUCAUUGGACGAGAAAGACGUGGACGUUUAAAGUUCAAUCCAAUAUGUGUGUCAUAUUCUUUUAUGCAAAUUCGAAUCCCAGCUCUGAUGGCUAUAAGCUCAUAUUAGCUUCGAAUCGAGAUGAGUUUUUUGCCCGCGAGACCCGCUCUGUGGCCAAAUGGGCGAAUGCGGACCAUGUAUAUGGCGGCAUUGACCUGGAGCCUGGACGUGAAGGCGGGACAUGGUUGGCCAUAGGCGGGAAAAAUGGCAUCUUCAAGGUAGGCGCUCUGCUCAAUUUGACCGGCGAGCCCAAACCACGCGAUGCAGUUGCGCACAAUAACAUCUUGCAAACGCAUAAUAACAGCCUUCACAUGAGCUCGAACAACAGCCAGAUCAACAACAAGCACACAUCUAUGAGCACAAAAACCAAUAAUGAACAUUUAUUACUAGGACGCGGCAUGAUUGUGGCUGACUAUGUGACCUCCAGUGACGAAUCACACAACAUUGUCAACUAUAAUAAGGGACUGAUUGCCGAUUGUACUAAAUAUAGUGCAUUUAAUUUUGUAUCCAUUGAGAUUGGGAAUGCCUCCCAGCCAGCUGCAAUCAAGCUGCUGAGCAAUGUACCGCCCACGUUGGCCGAUUAUGAGCAGGAACGGUGUUAUGGCUUUGGCAACAGUUUGCCCGAAGCACCAUUUGAGAAAGUGCGUCAUGGACAGAAGCAUUUUGCGCAGAUAGUGGAGGAUCACGGUCAUGCCGAUGUAAAGACUUUGUCCGAUCAGCUGCUGCAAUUGCUCAAGAACAGCAAUAAAUUCUGGCCGGACGCCGAGCUGUUGAAACGCGCCCCCAAUUGGGGUGAAGGACUGAGUGCCCUGAAUGUGCACAUUGCCGAGCAUGCUUAUGGAAGUCGUACCCACACAGUGUUGCUGCUCGACGCCAACAACAAGCUGCAUUUUAUCGAGGAAACUAUGGCUGGGCUAGAUCCUGCCGGCGAGUGGCGACGCACUCACAUCGAGAAGCAAUAUACGUUGUAAUUGUGAUGAUGACAAUGAGAGGCAAAGUCUACAUCUUCCGACGGCAUUUGUUGGCAUUUUUCUGUUUUUUAUUGUCAUAAUAAAGUAACGUGCUUUAUAUUUAUA